AUGAGCUACCGGCUCGGGGACGCGGCGGGCCGCGAGGAGGGGGACGAGGAGCUGUUCGAGACGGCGUCGUCCGUCUCCGGCGGCGAGUCCGACGACGAGGGGGACCAAUUCCCCGGCGGCGGCGGCGGCGGCGGCGGCGCCGGCGCGGCCGGGGCCGAGGGCUCGUGCGACCACCAGGACCGCCGCGCGUUCGUGCCGCAGCCGCUGCGGAGGAUGAACUCGGACAGCAUCUACGACAUGACGUCCAUGAUGUCGCAGCUCCCAGCCAAAAAAGGGCUGUCGCGGUACUACGAGGGCAAGUCGCAGUCGUUCGCGUGCAUGUCGGAGGUGCGCUGCCUGGAGGACCUGCGCAAGAAGGACAACCCCUACAAGCAGAAGAUCAAGUCGUGCAAGAGCUACGUCGCGCUGGGAGGGAUGAUGGCCAAGAAGCAGCCCGCCUCCAGCUCCUGCGCCAACCUCGACCUCGUCGCCGCCAACGGGUUCAGGACGCCGCCCAUUCGGAACGGGUACCACCAGUAG